AUGAAGUCACCAAUCAUCGAGUCGCCCCCUCCGGAGGCCGAGAAACUCCCUAUUACCGAAACAAGUUCUAGUGCUACUUCACCUAACCUACGAGGAGACGACGAAGAAGCCACAAACGCCGAGCCAAAUGCGAACAGCGUCAACACGAUCUUCGAUGAUGCUGCCGAGCCGGAAAGCGAGUUCUCUGUAUGGUGGUCCGGCGACCAGGAUCCAGAGAACCCCAUGAACUGGACGAUGAAUCGCAAACUGGGCAUUAUCGCGACGCUCUCCUUUAUCACUUUCCUCACGCCCCUGGCGUCGUCAAUGUUCGCCCCCGGUAUCCCACAAGUCAUGGCCGAAUUCAACGAAACCGACGAAUCGAUCUCAACAUUUGUUGUCUCCGUGUUCGUGCUCGGCUUUGCUUUGGGCCCUCUAAUUAUUUCGCCGCUGAGCGAGCUGUACGGCCGCGUCUACAUCUAUCACGUCUGCAACGCCCUUUUCGUCGUAUUCUCCGCUGCUUGUGGACUUGCGACAAACAUCGAUAUGCUCAUCGCCUUCCGCUUCUUGGCCGGUUUCUCUGGUGUCGCCGUGAUUACCUGCGGCGCUGGAUCGAUUGCGGAUAUGAUGCCCGUUGAAAAGAGAGGCUUCUACAUCAGUAUCUGGAGUCUUGGACCUCUCCUUGGCCCUGUCGUAGGACCUGUCUGUGCUGGUUUCCUCGUAGAAGCUAAGGGCUGGAGAUGGGUCUUCUGGAUCAUUACAAUAACCGCCGGCGCAGUGACUUUAGUCUCCUUCUUCGUCCUCAAAGAGUCUUACGCGCCAGUACUCUUGGAACGGAAAGCAGCCCGCUUGCGCAAAGAGACUGGCAACGAAAAGUACCAAUCAAGAAUGAAGAAGAAGGGCACCCAGCGCCAGAUCUUCCUCACGGCCAUCAUUCGUCCAGGACGGAUGUUCUUCCGCUCGGCAGUCGUCAUGAUUCUGUGUCUUUAUGUCGCCAUGCUUUACGGCUUCCUCUACACCCUCUUAUACACUUUCACCUUUGUUUACCGCGAUACGUAUGGCUUCGGUUCCGUCGGAGCCGGCCUCUCGUUCAUUGUAGGUGGUGUCGGCAACAUUCUCGGUCUUGCCUACGUCGGUACCUUGUCGGAUAAGAUCAUUCAGAAACGCCAAGCUGAAGGCAAGGAGCCCAAGCCCGAGGACCGCCUCCACCUCAUUCUUACGGUCCCUUCCUCACUCACGAUUCCUAUCGGUCUCAUGAUGUACGGCUGGACGGCGGACAAGCAGCUCCACUGGAUCCUGCCGAUGAUUGGCACCGGUAUCAUGGGUUUUGGCUCGAUUGGUAUUCUCAUGACGAUCAACACAUACUUGGUCGACGCAUUCACGCUCUACGCUGCUUCCAUCACUGCUGCAAAUGCUGUGUUGAGGAGUCUUCUGGGCGCUCUGCUUCCUCUCGGAGGAUUGCAGUUGUAUAACAAAUUGGGUCUUGGAUGGGGAAACACCCUGCUGGGACUCUUGACACUCGCCGCUGCGCCAGUGCCGUGGAUAUUGUACACUUUUGGGGAGAGGAUUAGAAGGAGCCCGAGAUUCCGCCAGGAAUUUUAG